GGCGCCGACGCGGAGGCCGGCUCACGCUGCGACUGCCGACGGCGUUGCCGCGUUGUGGAGCUACAUGGAGGAAAGCGACGGCCGCCGACGCGUGUUGUGUUGAGGAGGGCGUGGACGCUGUCUCUAGUUGCGUUGAAGAGGACGCGGACGCCGUCUCGAGCUGCGUUGAGAAGGACGCGGACGCCGUCUCGAGUUGCGUUGGGGCAGACGCAGACGUUGUGAGUUGCGUUGAGGAGGACACAGACGUGAGUUGCGUUGAGGAGGACGCAGACCACCGUAGGUUGCGCUGAUUGGGCUAGCGGACGCCGUUGCUUUGUGUUGAGGACGUUGCGUAGCUGUGACAAGACGCGGACGCUGUUGAGACGCACCGGCGGUGUGACGGCCGCUGCCAGGAGGUGCAGGCGGCGUCAGCGCGAGUCACGUGGUGCCGGGAUGAAGCUCAGCUGGAGGACGGACCACUGGUGCGGCUGGAGGACGGGCGCGCUGAUGGUGGCAGGACUGCUCGCCACCGCAGCCAGCGCCGACACAGGUCCGAGGGAGGUGACGGUGGUUGCGGGACGCGAGGCCCGGCUUCCCUGUCCGCAGCUCGACUUUGAGCAACGGUCCUCCAUCUCCCUGGUCAUAUGGUUCCGAGACGACAUGGAGAACCCAAUAUACAGCUUUGACAACCGGCGCGGUCGCAAGGCCCAGCACUGGGCCGACGCGGCGCUGCUCGGUCACUCGCGGGCCUCCUUCCGGCCCACCGAGGGCCACCUGGUGCUGCAGGGCGCGGGCCCGGCCGACCAGGGCCGCUACCGCUGCCGCGUCGACUUCAGCAGGGUGCCCACCGUCACCGGCGACGUCCUGCUGCAGGUCAUAGUGCCGCCGCAGCCGCCUGUGAUUCAAGAUGACCAGGGCAACGUCAUCGCCAACCAGAGCCUGCUCUCUCGCAGCGAAGGAGAGCGAAUAAGGCUGACGUGCCAAGUCAGACAUGGGUAUCCACCACCGCGCGUCACCUGGCUGGUGCAGAACGGCUCGGGUGUAGUACGUCACUCGCAGCCGCAGCUGAUGCAGGACGACUCGGUCAGAAGCGAGCUCGAGCUGCCGCCACUGCGGCGCGCCGACCUCCGGGCGAACGUCACCUGCCAGGCGGCCAACAACAACGUCACCGGACCCGUCAGCACCACCGUCACACUCGACGUCUUCUUCCGGCCACUGCGUGUGCAGCUGGACGGCGAGAGCGGCGCGCUCUCGGUGGGUCGGCAGUACGAGUACGUGUGCAGCUCUUCAGGCUCUCGGCCGCCAGCCGUGCUCACGUGGUACCUGGACGGCGCGGCGCUGGUGAACGCCAGGCAGCAUGUGUCACCGGAUGGCGGCAGCAGCAGCAGCACUCUCCAGCUGCGGCCGAAGCUCGACGACCAGGGGAAGACCCUCAGCUGCCGGGCGCACAACCCGCGCAUGACCGGCACCUCACCCAUACAGGACGACAGACGGCUCAAUAUCCGCUUCCCGCCGACGACCACGCUGCGGCUGAGCCCCAUGAUAGGCGCCGACAACGUGCGCGAGGGUAUGGGCGUGUACUUCGACUGCCUGGUGCACGCCAACCCGCCGGCCAGCCGCGUCGUCUGGCUCCACGAGGGGGCGGAGGUGUCAAUGGACCGUCGGGCGGGCGUUCUCGUCAGCUCCAGCAGCCUGGUGCUGCAGAACGUCUCUCGACUCGCGGCCGGCCCGUACCAGUGCCGCGCUGCCAACUCCGAGGGCGAGAGCACGAGCAACACGGUACUGCUGCGAGUCAUGU